AAGGGCUUCAAACAUUUCCCUCUAAUCGUGUUAUAUACGACGACGACCUCUACUGUGUUCAUGAGCAUGGUGGAGGACCGAGGGAUUGUCGCGAGGCCCGAAUUUAUCUUUAAUAUUAUUAUUACUAUAAUUAUUAUUUUGUAAAAUCUUUUUUUCUAGAAAUCAAUCACGAUGUCUGAUAAUUCCUUGGAAGAAGUUAAAAGUAACCAAAUUGAUCUCGAAAAAAUCCCUAUAGAAGAUGUCUUCACGAUCCUAAAUUGUACGCGAGAUGGCUUGAACGACGAGGAAGCCACUAAGAGGCUCGACAUCUUCGGUCACAAUAAGCUUGAGGAGAAACAGGAAAGUAAAUUGCUGAAGUUUCUAGGAUUCAUGUGGAAUCCUCUUUCAUGGGUCAUGGAAUUUGCAGCCAUUAUGGCCAUUGUAUUAGCCAACGGUGGCGGGAGGCCACCGGACUGGCCGGAUUUCGUGGGCAUAGUCGUGCUUCUUCUCAUCAACUCAACCAUUAGUUUCAUCGAAGAAAACAAUGCCGGCAAUGCCGCCAGUGCCCUGAUGGCAAGCCUAGCCCCGAAAGCCAAGAUUUUAAGAAACGGAAAAUGGAGCGAGCAAGAUGCCGGCAUAUUGGUUCCUGGAGAUGUUAUUAGUGUCAAGUUAGGAGAUAUUAUCCCAGCUGACGCUCGUCUCCUUGAAGGCGAUACGUUGAAAAUUGACCAGUCUGCGCUUACUGGCGAGUCGGUCCCAGUAAACAAGAACCCGGGUGAGCCGGUUUACUCUGGCUCGACGUGCAAGCAAGGCGAGAUUGAAGCUGUGGUGAUAGCCACGGGCGUCCGAACCUUCUUUGGGAAGGCUGCACACCUUGUGAACAGCACGGAUUCAGCGGGUCAUUUCCAACAGGUGUUGACAUCCAUUGGUAACUUUUGCAUAUGCUCAAUUGCGAUUGGAAUGGUGAUCGAGAUUGUGGUGAUAUGGGUGAUUCAAGGAAGAGGGUAUAGAGACGGUAUCGAUAAUUUGUUGAUCCUUUUGAUCGGAGGUAUCCCGAUCGCCAUGCCUACAGUUUUGUCUGUAACGAUGGCGAUCGGGUCCCACCACCUUGCAAAACAAGGUGCCAUCACGAAAAGGAUGACCGCCAUUGAAGAAAUGGCGGGUAUGGAUAUUCUUUGUAGCGAUAAAACCGGUACCCUCACUCUUAACAAGCUAACGGUCGACAAAUCGUUGAUUGAGGUUUUCGUCAAGGAUUGCGAUAGGGACAUGGUGGUGAUGUAUGGUGCUCGAGCUUCAAGGAUCGAAAACCAAGACGCCAUCGAUGCUUGCAUCGUCAACAUGUUGGCUGAUCCAAAAGAGGCUCGAGCCGGAAUCAAAGAGGUCCACUUCCUACCGUUUAACCCUGUCGACAAACGCACAGCCAUCACCUACAUUGACAAUAAGGGUGACUGGUAUCGGUCCAGCAAGGGUGCACCAGAACAAAUCAUCGAACUUUGUAAUCUCACCGGCGAUACACUAAAGAGGGCUGAGGAAAUCAUUGACGGGUUCGCAAACCGAGGUCUUCGGUCUCUCGGCGUGGCUCGACAAACCGUACCCGAGAAGACAAAGGAGAGCGAGGGCUCACCUUGGGAGUUUGUAGGACUGUUGCCGCUUUUCGAUCCACCACGACACGAUAGUGCCGAGACUAUUAGAAGGGCUUUAGAGCUUGGUGUUAAAGUAAAAAUGAUCACCGGAGAUCAACUCGCCAUUGGGAAAGAAACCGGCAGAAGACUUGGUAUGGGUACCGACAUGUAUCCGUCAUCUUCGCUUCUCUCGGAAAGCAAUGAUGCUAACAACUCUUCGAUCGAUGACCUCAUUGAGAAGGCCGAUGGCUUCGCCGGAGUUUUUCCCGAACACAAAUACGAAAUCGUCAAGAGGUUACAACAGAGGAAUCACAUAUGCGGUAUGACGGGAGAUGGUGUGAACGAUGCACCAGCACUCAAGCGAGCAGACAUCGGUAUAGCAGUGGAUGACUCCACAGACGCUGCCAGGAGUGCGUCCGACAUUAUCUUGACCCAGCCGGGGCUUAACGUGAUAGUCGCAGCUAUACUAACAAGCCGAGCCAUCUUCCAAAGAAUGAAAAACUACACAAUAUACGCAGUCUCCAUCACCAUCCGAAUUGUGAUGGGGUUCAUGCUCAUUGUUGUCAUAUGGAGGUUUGACUUCUCGCCUUUCAUGAUUCUCGUCAUCGCUAUUCUUAACGAUAGCACCAUCAUGAUGAUCUCCACUGACCGGGUUAAACCGUCACCACUUCCCGACUCAUGGAAGCUCAAUGAGAUUUUCGCCACUGGUAUCGUCCUCGGGACUUAUCUAUCACUCGUUACUGUUUUGUUCUUUUGGCUAUCCUCCAGAACCGACUUCUUCCCCAGGCUUUUUGGUGUUCGAUCGAUUGUUGGAAACGAUGAUGAGGUGACCGCAGCGCUAUACCUUCAAGUGAGCAUCAUUAGUCAAGCACUCAUAUUUGUGACGAGAUCUCAAAGUUGGUCAUUCCUCGAGCGCCCUAGCACCUUGCUCAUGCUCGCAUUCGUACUAGCUCAGAUAUUGGCUACACUUCUAGCAGUAUAUGCAGACUGGGAUUUUGCAGAGAUGCAAGGGAUCGGAUGGCGAUGGGCCGGGGUAAUCUGGAUGUUCAGUAUCGUUACCUACAUCCCUCUAGAUAUACUAAAAUUCAUUAUCCAUGCGGCAUUGAACGGGAACAACUCUAGAUAGAUGUAAUCGAACAAUGUACACAAGAAAAACAUAUAUAAAAAUAGAUGGAUAUUAUUUAAGAUCUUUCUAGGGAUUUUGUGUCCGAGGGCAUGUGAAGUCGAUGGUGAGGCUGGUGGUGAUUGCUAGUUGCUACCGCCUAACACCACCACAAACAACCGUGGAAGAACACCACGGUAGGGGAAAAGAUGUGUAAAUUUCUUGAAAGCAUAGUAGAAGAAAGGGAUUCAACAAGAAAUGUAUAUGUUCUUUCUUAA